UGGAUUGAUGUGUAUUUGACAUUAAAAAAAACAUAUAUACUGAACAAAAAUAUAAACACAACAUGUAAAGUGUUGGUCACAUGUUUCAUGAGCUGAAAUAAAAGAUGUUCCAUAGGCACAAACAUGUAUUUCUCUAAAAUGUUGUGCACAAAUGUGUUUACAUCCCUGUUAGUCAGCAUUUCUCCUAUACCAAGAUAAUCCAUUCACCUGACAGGUGUGGAAUAUCAAGAAGCUUAUAAAACAGCAUGAUCAUUACACAGAUGCACCUUGUGCUGGGGUCAAUAAAAGACAACUACAAAAUGUGUAGUUGUCAUACAACACCACAGAUGUCUCAAGUUGAGGGAGCUGCAAUUAGCAUGCUGACUGCAGGAAUGUCCACCAGAGCGGUUGGCAGAGAAUUUCAUGUUCAUUUCUGUAACAUAAGCUGCCUCCAAAUUCGUUUUAGGGAAUUUGGCAGUACAUCCAACCAGCCUCACAACCGUGUAUUAGAUCCUGUGGGCGAGCGGUUUGCUGAUGUCAACAUUGUAAACAGAGUGCCAUUUUGAAUGCACAAAAAUACCGAGACGAGAUCCAGAGGCCCAUUGUGAGAUGCAUAUCUGUGUUCCCAGUCAUGAGAAAUCCAUAGAUUAGGGUCUAAUGAAUGUAUUUCAAUUUCCUCAUUAAAUUGUUGCAUGUUAAGUUUAUAUUUUUGUUCAGUAUUAGCGGUGGCUAUAAGCUUGCUAGCUAACUCGACUAAAGACACUGGGCUAAGCUUUUGACCUAUGAUGUCACGUGGCAAAACAAGUAUUUGAACAACAAAAAAGCAAUGGUGAAUUGCAAGGGUAGAGAAGCAUAGACGUACCGAAAUGUUGUACUUUCUUCGCAUCAUAACAAAUAUACUGGGGAUUGUGCUGGGGUGUAAUCAUUAUACCGAUUCUGUUGCGUUUACGCCAAACGCAAACUAUAGUUUAUAUUGGACAAAUUCAGGCUUAAUCAGAAUGGAUCCUGAGGUCUCUGUGCUGUUGCACUGCACCGCCUGGGGAGGACUCCUGGAACCACAAGUGCAGGUGGAGCUUUCUGCCAGGUUUAACCGUCAGACAGAGCCAGCACUGGAGAGUCACAUAGAGGAGGUGUGGACAGAGAGGGUGACCAUGGAGCCAUGGCUUUUCAAUGGGGCCAAAUUCAGGCUGCACUCUUUCAGUCUGGCCUCACCCCAGCCCUCCUGUCCACCUACACCCCAGCCUCCCUGCAUGAAUGGAGAAGGAGACAGAGACGGAAGGCAAUGUAGCAUUCAGGAGGAAGAGGGCCAACACGAGACAAAGGGGAACGCGGACUCUGAAAGAGCAGAGGUGCUCAGACACCAAAGAGAUCAAAUAGACAGAGUCAUAGGCGAACGACAGCAUAAUGACAAGGAUUUGAGUAGCUAUAAGCAGAGGGAAGGGAACCCCAGAGACACGCAAACUUCCACCCCAGGGUGCAGAGACCAACAUCCUGCUGUGGGAAGCAGUGCAGUAGAAGCUCAACCCUUCCCACAGAGUGAUGUGGGUGGGAAGGGUGAGGGGGCCACUCCCAUCCUGACCCUGAGGUUGGGCCUGACCUGCUAUAGGGACUUCCUGGGCACCAACUGGUCUCAGAGAGCAAGGAAGCUACGCCAGCGUGCGGAGGUGGAGUAUGGGGAUCCUCUGGCGCUAUUGGCCCAGCCGCUGGGGGUGGGUGGGGUCUUGUGUACGGCUGACAGACAGGUGGUGCUGAUCAGGAGGAGCCAGCAAGUGGCGGAGGCAAGGGGGCUGCUGGACAUCCCUGGGGGGCACCCAGAACCAAAGGCUGUGUUUGAAGGCCUCGAUGAAGAGGACAGGAUCAGGGUGGAGAUGCUGCAGUGGAGGGAGGAGGCUGUGGUCAGAGAGCUGUUCUCUUCUGUGUGCGCUGAGAUCAGAGACGAGGUAAAUGUUCCUCUGUGUUCUCUGGGUGAGCCGGUACUGAUGGGCAUCGCUCUAAAUCACACCAGUGCAGGCAGACCCAGUGCAGAGUUCUACAUCAGUUGUUCACUGACUUCCACAGAAGUUCGAGAGCUUUACUGGCAGGGGGGCAUUGAGGCCCAGGAGUCUACAGAUAUCGUGUUCUUGAGCCAAACAGAGGUGCUACGGCUAGACCAGAGCACCCCCCUGUGGUCAGAGUUGUGUCCUUCAGCCAAGGGUGCUGUGCUGCUCUAUCAACUAGUGCUGCCUGACCGAGAAGACAAAAGCAAUUGAUCAAACUCCAGCUACUGCACAGGAUAAAAUUUCCAGAUGUUGAAAUUAAUACAAUAGACAUUUUCUUCAACGAAAAAGCAGCGAUUUAAUGUUGUUGUUGCUUUAAGAGACAAUACUUUUGUAGAAAGUUUUAAGACCCCCGCUAUGAAAAUGUCUGAGGAAACAUUCCCUGAAUAUAAAGUUCCAGCAGUAUUUCAGAAAAAGAUAACUCCAUACAAACGUUGCUUAAUGUUUGACACUUAGGCACCUGGUGGAGGCACAAUAUUUCCCAACUUUGCAUAAAAAUGCUGUAAGAUAAUGUAAGAUAUAACCUGUAUAAUAAAUCUUUAUAAAAACCA